AGUAGAUUUAGCCGUCUACCUUCCCAACGAGCGGGAGGAAUGAAGAGAGUCCGCGGGUUUCUUACAGUUUUGUUUAGCUUGAAGCGUAAUGAGCUGUAAUCGAAAAUUGUUUUGCGCGUAAAACUGGUGGUUGGCCAGAACUGGAUAGACUAAUAACUCAACUAAAAACUGUGUAUGAAUUAAACGAGAGAAUUCUACUGAAGAAACGGAACCCCGAGGACCUAGCAAUAUCGACUUCGCUUUAAAUAUUAUGUUCGGAGUGAAUGAAAUAAUCCAUCUAUGUUGGUUAGUGAGUGUUGUGUUCGGGAGGAAUGGCCGCGCGCAGCAGUGAUGGACACUCCGUGGACAGAUCCUUGAAGAAAAGGCAUUGCAAGUUUUUCACGAUAGACAAAGUUGCUGUUGCCCGAUCCCUGUGCCUGGGCUCAGGGUUCAAGGGCGGGACUGUCUGAAUAUGCUUUCAAACAAAUCAUGUGAGAACAUUACCAAUAUCGAUGAGAAUGGGAAUCCGGUGAUUAGCGCUGUGAUGUUCAUCGCUGGGGUGGUGGGCAACCUGAUGGCUUUGGCUAUCCUGGGAGUCCACCAAAAAGAGCAUCGCACCAAGUCUUCAGUCUUCUGCAUUCUUGUGACCGGCCUGGCAUUGACAGAUCUGCUGGGAACAUGUUUGCUCAGUCCACCGGUUUUCAUUUGCUAUGCCCAAAGUAAGACCCUUGUGGGUCUUACGGGAGAUUGGUGGCUGUGUGGACUCUUCGCCUUCGCCAUGACGUUCUUCGGCUUGGCCUCUAUGCUCAUACUGUGUGCAAUGGCGGUGGAGCGGUGCCUCGCCAUCAGUCACCCGUACUUCUACUCUAAACACGUGAGGCGCAGCUUUGCCAAGAUCGUCCUCUUCCUCAUCUAUCUCUUUACCUUCAUGUUCUGCUUGCUGCCGUUCUUUGGAUACGGACGGCACAAGCAGUACUGCCCAGGCACGUGGUGCUUCAUCAAGAUGGAGGCAGAAGGAGAGGGUGAGGAUGAGGAGAGGAGAACGCUGACCUUCUCGCUUUCCUACUCCGUGCUUAUGGCGCUGCUCAUCGCCAUUGUUUUCUUGUGCAAUGGUUCGGUAAUCGUCAGCCUAUGCCGCAUGCACAGGAGCCAGCUGACACGUCGGGGAUCGGUGGUGUCGGCUGGACGAAAGAGGAGGCUGAGCACCUGGUUUGGACAGGGAGAGGAGGAAAUGGACCACUUACUGCUGCUGGCAUGCAUGACUUUCAUCUUCGUCAUUUGCUCCUUGCCGCUCACUAUCUGUGGCUUUUUGAACGCUAUUAGCCCGGUUGGGAAUGAUCAGCAGAACCUAACGGCUUUCCGCUUCUCUGCAUUUAACCCCAUCUUGGACCCCUGGAUCUUCAUCAUCUUCCGUAAGGCAGUCUUCCACCACAUCCGGGCAUUCUUCCGCUGCUGCUUCCCCAGACACUCAGUGAAAACCACAGCUCAAAACUCCCUGUCCUUCCCCAUGGAGACUGGAGAUGCCAAACACAGCUCCAGCAUCCAGACUAAGAAACUUAGUCUACUGCAGCCUCCCCCAGUGAGGCCUUAAUGAGCAACAAUGCACUUAUGAUGACGUGCAAUGAGAUAUAAGAAGAUGGUGAGACCUAGAAGCCUGAAAAGACUGCCUCAAUGUAUCUAGUGGUUCUAAGAACCAAAUAUAAAAGCAUGGAUGUCAAAGGACCUGCUUCCUCUCCAUUGGUGAUGGAUGGGAAAUAUUUUGUAAAUAUGUGAACCAAUGCUCAUCACUAAACAGGCUCUUUUGU